CUCAGACACACAACACACACACACACAGCUCCGCCGACUGGACCAUCAAGAACAGUUGUUAAGCGUCACUGAAGAGAAGCAGAGUCUCUGAAGAAGUUUCUCUUGAAGUUUUUUUGGUCAAAAAGCUUUUACUUUUUAACCAUGGCGUGUGGAGGCAAGGAUUCUGUUGAGAGGAUAGGAGAGGCCCUGAUCAAGAAGGUCAUUGAGGAGGAGUUGAAAGACAUACCCUUAGAGGACGACCCGUUCCUCACCCUCGAUGCUGUGGAAGUAAAGAAUGAGCAGGAGGAAGAGCGUGUGAAGGAGGUGAGCGCAUUGGUCCGCAAAGUUGGUGACAAAUUAAAGGAUGACAAGGAGAUCCAAGAUGGAAUAAAGCGGCUUGCACGAGACUUCGAGCUGGGCGGAACUGAAGAGGCCAACAAGAUGUUAGAGGCUGUGUUUAAUGAGACGUUUAAGGAUGGCAUCACCUGGGAGAAGAUUGUUAGUUUUCUCUAUGUUGUUGGCAAGGUGGUAGGCAUAAUGGCAGUAUUAAUGGCAGGAUCAAUGGUGGUGAUGGCUCUGUGUCCGUCAGUGAAGCGGAUCCUGAGUUGGACUGUCGACUUUUUCAAAAAUUAUCUCCUGGUCUGGAUUCGGGAACAAGGAGGAUGGAUCCGCUGUUUGGUUCAGUCAUGAGCUCUCACUGAGGAGGCCUUCUAAUCAUCUUCUUCACCGGCAUGACUCUCGGAAUCUUCACCAGCUGUUGCCUGACCAGUUGAC